UGCAGGCCUUCUUUUUGGAAGCAAAAGAAUGUUCUUGUAUCAUUCAGAAUCAGCAUUACACUCAAGCAAUGUGAAUACAUUCAAGAUAACAUCAGGACAUAUUCCUCAACCCAGAAAGUAUCAUAAAUCAUAAUCACAAAUAUAAGCUUUGCUUUGCUAAUGAAUGAGCAUCUCCUUGUACUACAUUCCCUGCUUCCCCUUUUGUGGGUUUUUACAGUCCAUCAAAGUUUAUUGUAUGCUUCAAUGGUGGAAGAGGCUGCCAUCACUCAUUUACCGGGGAAGAUUGUGUACAUUGUCACUACCCAUUUCGAUUAACAACUCAUGAUUGAAUUUGCCCUUGUUUAGGAUAAGAUUAGGGACCCAAGUUCAAAUCUUUGCUCAUUCGUCUGAAAAUGGUACGUUUAGACGGCUCAGUCUGGUGAUAUGGGGAUUGCACAUAAGUUGUUUGAUGAGAUGGCCGAGAGAAAUGUAGCAGUAGGUGUUUGAGGCUCGAUGAUUUCGGGGUUUUUGUAUGUGUUUUUUGUUUUAAUAUAAUUCUACCCGAACCGUUAACUCCCAAGCUACAGUCAUCCAAUUACAAAGGUCAUGGUUUUGAGGGCCUUAACUUAAUCAGUAGAUGAACUUCAAUGGCUGACCAGAACUGCAAUCCGACCAUUCCUUUCGACCGCAUAAAGCUCAACGUUGGCGGCAAGCUUUUCGAAACCACCGUCUCCACCCUCCAAUCCGGCGGUCCUGAUUCCCUCUUGGCCGCCCUCUCCAACCGUCCUUUGCAUCAUGAUUCUAACCCCAUCUUCAUCGACCGUGAUCCUGAAAUCUUCUCUGUUCUUCUUUCGCUCCUGCGCUCUAACCGCCUCCCUUCCGCCGCUCUCCGUCGCUUCUCUCUCCAGGAACUAACUGACGAGGCUCUUUAUUACGGCGUCGAGUCCCGCCUCCGCUCUGCCUCUUCGCCCUCACCACUCCGUGGCAUAGACGCCGCUUUAGUCGAUACCAUCCGCCCUGCCGUUGACGCUGUUCCUUCCACUUUCUCCGCCGCCGAAGACGGGUCUCUUUGGAUCGCUCACGGUGGUCAAAUUUCACUCUAUGAUUCCUACUUGUCAUACUCCGCCGCUGUGCGUACACUCGAUGACAUCACCUUGAUUUGCCGGGUCUGGCCGGAUAUAGCCGCUGUCGGAUCAGAAUCCUCCUCGGGCCUCCACUUCUACGACCUCUCGAGCGGGCGCUAUGCCGGUUCAGUUCAUUGGACUGACCAAACAGACCCGCGGAUAUACAAGGCUCGGGUCAGCUCCAUCGCUAAAUCACGGGACUCGCUCUUCGCGUCGUUCGAAUGUCCUCAUAGGGAGAACGGCGUCCUCGUGAUUGACAAAUCAACGCUCCAGGUUUCAUCGGAGCUGGCUCGCCAAUCAGGAACCGCAGCGAAGAACACAGUAGCUGGAAAGCUGACGUGGCUGCCAGCAACUGGUUUGGUUAUAGGCAGUGCUGUCACGUCCGGGGCGUUUGGUUACUCCGGUUAUAUCAGGAUGUGGGACCCGAGAAGUAGGGAGGUGGUUUGGGAGACGAGCGAGCCAGGUUCAGGCCGCAGUAGCAGGUUCGGAGAUUCAUUUGCUGACGUUGACGUCGACGCUGAGGACUUGACUCUCUUCAAGAUAUGCUCAAAAUCGGGGGACUUGGCAAUGGCAGACAUUCGUAGCUUAGGGAAGACCCUUGGUAUAUAGAAAGACACAAAUCCUAGCAUGAGAGACACCAGCUCUGGCGGAAACAAUGUCAUCUUGCAUUGCUACAGAGGACAGGUUUUCGUGGGGAAGGACGGAGGACUUGAGGUUUGGUCGCGGGAGAAACCAUGUCAGCAAGUAUGUGAAAGUCAAACUCAAAGUUUGAGGAGGAAUUACGUGGAUAAAGUGGAGGAUGCGAGAGGAGGGAUGAUAAGAAUUGAAGGAGGCGGGCAGAGAUUGUUUGUAAGCAGAGAAGAUGUGGAGGGGAUUGAGGUUUGGGAGAGUUCCAACUAUUCUGGAGUUUCCUCCUACCACAGAACAAAAGGCAUUGAAUGAGUAGAUUCUAUUUGGCAAUGGUCUCAGCUGUGCUAUUUCCUCCAAGGCACAGUGAUGGGUUAGUAGUGAACUACUGGAACUAAACACAGCAAUGAGAUGUUCUUGCUGCUUAUUCUGUGUCGAAGAUGAUGGUACACUUAACAAAUGUGUGGAAGCUUAAUCUCACACAUGCCAAUGCCAUUGUCAAUCUUUGGUGGGGUGUAACAGCCAUGCUACCACCAGGAAUGUUGUUCAUCAUAGAAACUCUUACAGGGGUUGGGGAAGUAGUCAGCAUCAUCACCACCAGUUGCUGCUAAGUUACUGGACCUGCACUUCAUUUAAUCCCAAAUGCAUCUAAAAAGGACAGAAAUUCUUGUUUUGGCAGCAUUAGUCUUAACAGCUUUUGGAAUGUCAAGGUGCCAAACACUAGCAUCCUUCAAUGUUGAACAAAGGAAACAGAAGAACAGAUGAGUAAAGGAAAGACUGUAGGCAUAAAUUUGUGGUCCAUUGCUUGCUAUGAUCAUCAUUCCUAUAGCUGCAGAUAUAGGAAUGUGAAUGUCCAUAGUAAAGCCAUGAUCAAUAGGGUCUGGGAUUCCAGCAAUAGGCAUAAUGACAGCAACUCUAGUGUUUUUAAGUGGUUCAUGUUGGUACACCAUUGAUCUGCUACUUGGAGAUUUCCAAAUUCCAUGUUAAUCAGUGUUAUUUCCUAAUUCUUCCUAAAAUAGCAUUUUUUUUUUUUUCCUUUGUGGUCUCCAUUACAAGGUGGACCUUAGUGUCAUUGGGUAUCAGAUCCUGUUUCUUAGUUGUGGCAAAGCAAAAAUAUGAUUAAUUACAAGUACUUUUAGACUCUGAGCCUUGCAAAAUAUGAAGUAUAGGGAGCUAUGAAUGACAUGAUUCAGUUUGGAUUUUUAGUUGUCAAUUAAAAGAUGCAUAAUUGUGCCUUUGGUGUUCACUAUCUUUGGCUGCUGGAAACUGAGGGGUGUAAGAAAAUAAGUUUGAACAGAUGGGGCAUUUUAUUGGUACCUCUAUACCACCAGGGGCCUGGGCUGGGGGCUAGACAAUGGAUUUACUGAUGAAACAGAUUGUCAUGUAAUUGCAGUGGCCCUUUUAUUGGCUCUUUUUCCUUUUGUGGCAUUUUAUUGCAA